AUGAUUACCGGGUUAAGGUUAUUCUCUACCAGCACACUUGCUUCUGCAAGACAAUACAAGUAUGUGGUGACGAGAAAAGUUGCCCGUAAGCCUGAUUUGAAGGUUGGUGACGUCAAACCGAGAAAACUGGCCAUCCCUCGUACCGCACCCAAAUUCCCAGAAUACAAGUAUGGUGACUCUAAAAUAUACAAACAGAGCAACAAGGGAUUGUAUGGAGGUCAAUUUCUUCAAUUUGGUAACAAGAUUUCUGAGUUCAAGAACAAGAAUGGAAGAAAAUGGUCAUUAAAUGUUCACACCAAGUCCCUAUGGAGUGAGAUAUUGAACAAAUCGAUUAGGGUGAAGUUGACAGCCCGUGUUCUGAGAACAAUCAACAAAGAAGGAGGAUUGGAUCAAUACUUGCUGAAAGACAAGAGUGCACGUAUCAAGGAACUUGGACCUACUGGCUGGAAACUAAAAUUUCAGCUUCUUACCAAGAAGGAGAACCAAAAGAAACGAACUUACUAUCAAGAUUUGGAAAAGAUCACAGUGAAUGGUCAGGAAAAGCAUGUUUACUUCCAACAGAGUGGUAAGAAAUUCCUGGUUGGAAAGAGAAGACUACUGAAGGAGUUGUAUCCGUUGGUCAAGGGAGACUCUGACCUCACCUGGAAAGAGUACCAUGAUCAACACAAAAGCCUAGCACAGGAGGAAGUCAUAGAAAAGCUGCACAAGUAUAACUAUGACUUUUCCGAAGUGGCCCAAACUGCGUAG